GCAUUUUUCAACAAUCAGAGCAUAUACAUGUACAUAUAGGCUAAGGGAGUAGCAGGGAGAAAUCAGAGAAGCAGAGUGAGACAAGGGCAAAAAUGGCUAGCAGUUCUGUCCACGAGUUCUUGACAGAUGAAGAGGGAAACUUAGAACAAAUAAUAAACAACCUUGAGUUUGAAGUUCAACAAUACAUGCAGCUUAUUGAGAAGGAGCAACAGCACAUAGAUGUCUUACAGAAAGAUGUUGAAGUUAAACAUAGAGAAAUAGACUCAUUUGAAAAAUCUACAGCUGAAAUAAAUGAAGAAACUAAGCGACUGCAUAAACAGUUUGUGUGGAACAGAGAAAACUGUGAAAGCCUCAAGAAAACAACAGCAGUUCUCUCAGAACAUGAAGAUGCAUUGAACAAAAAACUUGGAGAACUCGUUGCUAAACAUGAGCAGGAAAGAGAGGGGCAUGAAGCGGUCUUGUCACAUUAUGAACAACUUUGGGGGAAGUACCAGGAGAAAUAUGAGAGCUUUGAUCACUGUAAGGAACUUGCAGAGAAGAAAGCUGAACUAAGGAGAGUGGAGAGAACGAUUGAAGAGGCAGAUGAAAGAAUCACUGAUUUAACUGAGCAGAUGAAUCAACUGCAAACAGAGAGUGAAUCAGAUGACCCAUUGUAUGAAAAUACAAAUGAUUUUGUUGUCAAAGUUGCUGAACUGAAGGUUGACAUAACUAGACUAGCUCAGGAAGAGGCAAAGUACGAACAAAAUCUAGCUGAAAAUGAGGAGACAAUAGCUGAACUGAGGAACAAACAGAAGAGAGUGUUGGAGGAACUUGAACAGCGAGCCAUAGAGGCUGCAGCAAUAGAGAGGCAGGCAGAAUUAGCCAAAGAGCAACAGGAACAGGCACAUCAACAGCAACAAGAAAACACACAACAAAUCCCCAAGCAAAUAAAACCCACAAAUCCACAACAAACAGAAGGAACUAAACACAAUAAUCAAGCUGAGGAUGAUGAAGCUCCAACAAAAGAAUCCCACAAGUCUACCUCUAUGUUUAUAACUGACAAAAUCCAAGUCACUGGAGCUGCAGUUCCAGUAGCACAGUCAACCAGAGAGGCUACAACAGUCCCAAAGUCGUGUGUUGUUGAGACCAUUGGACCAAUGGAGACUAUAGUAAGAAGGUCAGUUCCUCCCCAGAUCUUCAUCCCGCCCUCACCAACUAUUGGAACCACGAGGAUUGAGCGUGAAACAGUCCCAAAUUCCCCCCAGCCAAUGAUUGGACUGCAUGUUCCACAACUUAGACACACCAGGAUGUCACAGAGUCAAACAAACAAGUCACACGGUGUUACUGCUAAUCAAGUCCCAAGACAGGCAAAAAGUGUUGGAAUAGCAACUCUCUCUACACAGCCAUUCAGACCAAGAGCAAGUCCCUGUAUAGCUCCAGUGGCUCCAGUACAACAUGUCCCUCAUGUACCACCAAGGCCCCAAUCAAUUCCUUUUUCCAGACCACCAUAUAACCCCCCUUCUCUUGGGGCACACUCCAUACUGAUCAACCCAGCCCGAAUAAGUGAACCUCAAGCUGAUCAAAGUAGUGCAUCUAAUGUGUCCAUACCAUCAAGGUCUCCCAUGAUUCAAGCUAGGUCUCCCAUGAUUCAAGCUAGGUCUCCCAUGAUUCAAGCUAGAUCGCCCAUGAUUCAAACAAGGUCUCCAGCCCCUAGUCCAUCAACACAGAUGUAUGUACCUUACUCACAAAGUCAGCAUCAUCAAACACAGCAGCAGAAAAUGGAGCAGCCUCAACAAAUGCAACCACAACAAAUGCAACAGGCUAAGCAAAUUCAACAAGCUCAACAAAUGCAACAGCAUUAUGAGAACCAACUGCAACAACAGCCACCUGUAGAACCUACAUCACAGAAUGAAGCCAUUCAACCAAUGGAGACAUGUGAUACAGAGGAACCAGUGACACCUGGAAGACCUAUUCCAACCACUCCAGGGUGUGAGGCUGCAGUGACCCCAGGAGCUAGCCCAUCUAGUGAGUUUGACCUUGACAGAGAGCUGGAGAAGGUCAGGAUGCUUGCUGCAGGUUCUCCUGGAUUCUCAUUCUCAAGCAGACCAAUGUUUGAAGGCGACCAUGACAUGAGUUCACAUGGUGGAGAGAGUGAUCAGGCUAUGCCAACUUCAUUUGGAAUUCAGAGCUUCUUCAAUAUGAACUCUGGGCAAGAGUCUCCCAGCCACCCUCAGACAUCAAUGCCAGCAGAUUCAUCUGGGUUCAACUUUAUGGCUGGAGGAGAUGCAUCCAGCACCCAGACAGGGUUCAACUUUGGUGGGGAAGCUUCUAACAAUAACAGCCAAGGCUUCAACUUUGGUGUUUCUUCACCUUCAGAGACAUCUACUUCUUCACAGUCCAUGGCUUCUAUAUUUGGUGGAGCUCCAACGACAAGUAAACAUUCAGCUGGGUUUUCAAUCUUUGGCUCUGGUGAUAUGACAGCCCAGUCCCCUCAGACACCUGGAGAGGGAUUUAGUUUCAGUUUUGGGGGGCAAAUCACUGAUAGCCCUGAGGUGAAGGAAAACAGUUCAGGAUUUAAACUUUUUUGAUUUGCGAUGACUAAUUCUAUACAAGGACUCUAGUGAUUUAUUUUUGUCCCUGUGAUCUUUGUGAGAACCUUUGCAUUGGAUGGCAAAGGGAUGUCAUUUUUACAUGUAGAAUUGCAGAUCAACAUUCACAUUGAGCAGGACUAUACAUUUUCAAACAAUUGAAAAAUAUCUAGAUUGUUCCAUUAGGAGGUUUCCACCUAUAAUUGACAAUGUAUGGUCUUGCAUUAAAUUAGUGAUCAUCUGAUCAGGUUUAACACAUCGUCUAGUAAUUCACGAAUUUGACAGGUUGGACAAAAUCUGGAAUCAAUUUUACAUUAUUAUACAUGAUAAUGUUUGCGAUGAAAGAACAGCCUAGAAAUUGGUCACCUAUCCAGACAAAUGAAUUAUCAGGGCCUGUCCCUAUAUAUACGUGCCAAAAUCCAGCAAUGCUUCAAUUCCAAGUUUUCCAAGUUCAUAAUAGUCUCAAUGCUGCUCCUUAGUCACAGCACUCAAAUAAGACACUUCUAUUG